AUGGGUGUUAAAUGGGUGUUUAAUGAGUCGGCCUCCUCUCAACUCCCUCAGCUGCGGAGUUUAUUCCCUGAGGACUUUCUUCUCCCUCAGGUCCCCAAAUCCUCCCUCAUUCCUAAUCCUUUCAACGCCCUUGCUUUAAUAAUUCCGCUUGCACUCCCAUCCACACACGUCGGGUGGCCAGUUUCCCUGCCGCCCAACCCUUCUCUCCUCGCACCCCGUCCUCCCCACUGUCUCCACGCCCACCCCAAAACCCACCCCCAAGCCUCCUCGGUUUUUCGGGAGACCGACGCGGCGUCCCGCCUCCUUGCCUUCCUUUCCUGGACCGAAUUCCUAGCCGGGGCCCGGCGUCUGGUCGCCAAAGUGCUGGUGCCAGGGUCCUGUGGAAGCUGCGGGCGGGUGCCGAGGCUGCCGGGUGAAACUGGAAGGCGGGGCGACGAAUGCGAGAGAACGCGGCUAUUGGUCGACCGCUCUAGCAGUGGCAGCCGUGGCGAAGGAGGGUGUACACCCCGAGCUCUUCCAAGCUUGCUGGGCAAGUUGGUCUGUACCCGGCGAAGCGCGACUGCGAAGCUUUUCCCGGCCCUUUGUGAUGGGAAAAGGACGCCGGCGGAGGGGAAGAUGAUUCGUGAAAUGAAUUGUAAAAUUGGCAACUAUGUAAUUAAAAAGCAUUGGAAAUCGCUUGGUUUUAAAUUAUAUCAAAAACUUAUAAAUGGCUCGUACUUCUCGGUCUCUGCUGAAAUUCCUGAUUUUCAGGAGCAUUUGGGUUUGGUAUAUUAAUGUUUCUGUAUCAAGGUUUGGGCCUUCGUCAAUGAUGAACGUGCCUUGAAUUUGGCUUGAAAGGGAUUUUUAGGUUGUGGAACAGGUUUGCAGAGGAAAGAUUUUUGAAAUACAUUUGCACACACAGCUUUUUAAUGGAAAUGUACUGAAGUGCGUGUUAGAAGCCUAAGAGCUAUA